CGGGCCGGCUGAGCGCGGGCGAGUGUGAGCGCGGGCGAGUGUGAGCGCGAGUGUGCGCACGCCGCGGAGCCUCUGCCCUCGCCUCGCACCCCGCUCGGGGCCUCCGCGGAGCCCGGAACGUGGGCAGGCUGGAAGUAUGGCAUGCUGCGAACAUGGUCUCUGCCAGCAGGGUCCCCGCGAUCGCCGCGUGCUGCCGGGUGGGCUUCGCGCUCCUGCCCGUCCUGUGCCUGGCGGCCUGUUUAAACGAAUCACCAGAACAGAACCAAAAGGAGGAGAAAUUAUGCCCGGAGAAUUUUACCCGCAUCCUGGACAGCUUGCUCGAUGGUUAUGACAACAGGCUGCGCCCUGGAUUUGGGGGUCCUGUUACAGAAGUAAAAACUGACAUAUAUGUCACCAGCUUUGGACCUGUCUCUGAUGUUGAAAUGGAAUACACAAUGGAUGUGUUCUUCAGACAGACGUGGAUUGACAAAAGACUAAAAUAUGAUGGCCCAAUUGAAAUUUUGAGAUUGAACAAUAUGAUGGUAACGAAAGUAUGGACCCCUGAUACUUUCUUCAGGAAUGGAAAGAAAUCUGUUUCACAUAAUAUGACAGCUCCCAAUAAGCUUUUUAGAAUUAUGAGAAAUGGCACUAUUUUAUACACAAUGAGACUCACCAUAAGUGCAGAGUGUCCCAUGAGAUUGGUGGAUUUCCCCAUGGAUGGUCAUGCAUGCCCUUUGAAAUUUGGAAGUUAUGCGUAUCCGAAGAGUGAGAUGAUUUAUACCUGGACCAAAGGCCCUGAGAAAUCAGUGGAAGUUCCAAAGGAGUCGUCCAGCUUGGUCCAAUAUGACUUGGUUGGGCAAACUGUAUCAAGUGAAACUAUCAAGUCCAUUACGGGUGAAUAUAUUGUUAUGACAGUUUAUUUCCACCUGAGACGGAAGAUGGGUUACUUUAUGAUUCAGACCUACAUUCCAUGUAUUAUGACAGUGAUUCUUUCUCAAGUUUCAUUCUGGAUAAACAAGGAAUCAGUUCCAGCUAGGACUGUAUUUGGAAUAACCACAGUCCUCACCAUGACCACACUGAGCAUCAGUGCACGGCAUUCGUUGCCCAAAGUAUCCUAUGCGACGGCCAUGGAUUGGUUCAUAGCUGUCUGCUUUGCUUUCGUGUUUUCUGCCCUUAUUGAGUUUGCUGCUGUGAAUUAUUUUACCAAUAUUCAAAUGGAAAAAGCCAAAAGGAAGUCAUCAAAAGCCCUCCAGGAAAUACCAGCUGCUCCAGUGCAGAGAGAAAAGCAUCCCGAAGCACCUCUGCAGAACACAAAUGCCAAUCUGAACAUGAGAAAAAGAACAAAUGCCUCAGUUCACUCUGAAUCUGAUGUUGGCAACAGAACUGAGGUGGGAAACCAUUCGAGCAAAUCUUCCACAGUUAUUCAAGGAUCUUCUGAAGCCACACCACAGUCUUACUUAGCUGCCAGUCCAAACCCAUUCAGCCAUGCAAAUGCAGCUGAAACAAUAUCUGCUGCAAGAGCACCUCUAUCUGCUCCUUCCUCUACUCCUAGUAGAACUGGGUAUGUGUCCCAACAGGCUUCUGUUGGAUCUGCUUCUACCCACCGUGUGUUUGGAUCAAGACUGGAGCGAAUUAAGACCACUGUUAAUACCAUAGGCGCUUCUGGGAAGUUGUCAGCCACUACUCCUCCCUCUGCUCCACCACCGUCUGGAUCUGGCACAAGCAAAAUAGACAAAUACGCCCGUAUUCUCUUUCCAGUAACAUUCGGGGCAUUUAACAUGGUCUAUUGGGUUGUUUAUUUAUCUAAGGACACUAUGGAGAAGUCAGAGAGUCUAAUGUAAUUUUGUUGUUAGUUUCCUAAAAGAUGAUGAACUUAAUGCAGAAUGCCUUUUUAAAUGUUUUUAAAGAUUAAACCAUUGUUCUUUAUUGAAAUAAAAAGUCUAUGUAAUUUUUACAUUUAAAAAAUUCAAGCCAGUUAUUGGGAGAGUUAAUUCAUUCCUCAGUGAAGAGAGAGUGAGCCAUCUUUCAUUUCAGAAAAAUGAUUUGAAUAGAAUCAAUUCAGCAUUCAAAUUAGAACAUUGCAGACCAUCCUGGAAAGUUGGGUCAAGAGAAAUAGGGCUAUUAGAGAUACGUGGUACAUAUUUAUGCAUUGAAAUUUGAAAACAGACUAUGACAUUUUUUAAUAUACACUAUGAAUAUCAACCAACCACCCUAAAUUUCCCAGUGGCACUGCCCUUAAUCAGAAUUAUCGGAUAUCAUACGCGGUGACCUUUGGAGAUCCUUCUAGUAUCUGCAAGAAAAGGACUUUCCUUGUUAAAUGAAACAUUUUUAAAAGGAAAUGGGACAAAACAAAUACCAGUGUGUGAAACCUCUGCUGCAUCAAAAACAAAAACAGAGACCAGGGAAGAUGUGUUCCCUGUCUUAUGUUGGCCAAACAGGACUUAAACACUUGACUUGAAAAAUCUGUGCUUUGAGCCAAAGUUUAUCUCAUUGUAUGAAUUCUUUUUGAUAGUAGUUCAUUCAGUUAUGUAUUCUUUAACAUAUAGUUAUUCAGAGCCUACUGUGUUCCAGGCACUAUGCUAGACACUGUGUCUCUAGGAAAGCUCUUUCACCUUUACCUACAAUAUUACUUGAAUAGUAGAACAGUCAGUGCAUGCUAAUGAACCAUAAACUAGCAGAGGACAUUGCAUUCUUUAAUGGGAGAAAUUUAUUUAGAGUCUGAGAGCAUAUUGAAAAUAUUUGCUUCUCCUGUAUUAAUAGAGGGUAACACAUUAGCACAGCUUCAGCAAUUGACUUCAAAAUAUAAUGAAAAUGUGUACAGAUUGCUCUCUGAGUAAGAAGCACUGCUUACCUAAGAGGAGAAAUCUGGGCACUGUAAGAUCAUAUAAAGUAUCUGUCUCAAAUUUGAUCAGAAUAGUAAGAUAGAAUUCGAUCAGAAUCUUAGAAUCAUCAGAAUUAGGGACUCAAUACAAGGCCUUUUAGAUGCUUUUCCCAACAUAGAUCUAUAUGGCUGGUGAGAUGCUAAUCUUCUGGAAAGUUUUUGUGUUGGUAGUUUGUAUUUCUGGGAAGUUUGGUGUUUUGGGGGGAGGGCAGUUUUUGUACAGUUUCAUAACUAAGGUGAGUAUUUUUAAAAGAGCAGCAAAGGAAUGGAGGAAAGAAGAAAAAUCAUAGCUAAGGGGUAGGACUCUGCUGACUCUGUUAAGCAAUUUAUCAGGAUUUUCAUGUACUAACUUUUCUUUUUCAUUACAUAGGCUUAACAACUUAAUUGAAUUUCUUGCAGCUGUCUUAUGACACUAAAUCUAGGUCUAGUUUUUUGUUGUGUUGCUUCCAGAUUUUCUUCUAUAUUUCUUUCUUUCUGAUCUGGAUUGUGUGAAUGAAUGUGUUCCGGAUGUUUGGGGGGAACAUUUUGAUAAAAAUGGCCACCUUCCAAGAAGAAUCUCUUAUAUUUUAGAAAAGAAAUGACAUUUAUUAAUUGCCACUAGUUUUUCAGCUAUUGCAUUGCCUUGGAAUGGUUGUGUAUGAGAACUGUAUGUAACAUGUGCAAAUGCCAAAUAUUGUGAGUUAUAUCUGAGAAUUCCUUUUUUGGCUAUCACUCUAGGCAUGUCCUAGAAUCACUAACAAUUUUAAGGCUGAAAGAUGCCUUAGAAAUCACCCAAUCCAAGUCCUUAUUUAAAAAUUGAUGCCAGUAAUAUGAGGCCAAAUAAAAUUUGUAUAUAUGUAUAUAUUUAAUAAAGAGCACUUGUACAAAAAAGCUUAUCAUAAGUUAUUUUAUGAAUGUGAGUAGAUUCUAGCCUUAAGGACAAUGCCUGUAAUUAUUUUUGGAAACUGUGAUUGUUUAUUAUUCCAAUGAAAUGACCUUAUUUCUUCAGUGAGGAAUAUACUCCUCGCUUAUCCAUUGGUCUAUUCUUAAGAAAUAUCUUUUUUUUUUUUUUUUUUUUUUAUUCUUAAGAAAUAUCUUAUUGGCUUCCCUUUUUUUAAAAAAAAAAUUCUUCUAUAAAUUUUACAGAUUUUAAAGGGAUAAAAAUUAGUGAUAGAUUUGCAGCCCAGGGAUCCCCCAGGUGAACCUGUAAUUUUCUUCUUUGUAUUUGAAGAAGAUUUUAAAAUAAAUUAGGUGGUCAAAAAUAAAGAGAAAGGGCAAAAUUAAGGAUUCUCAAUUGUUAAUGUGAAGCAUGAAUUGAACAGUAAGUCUAAUCAUUAAUAUAAUAAAAAGGAAUUAUUUCAUUUGCAUACUAUGUUAAUGAUAAUAAGAAUGCAUAGUUUAUUUUCUGUAACUCAAUUUCAUCAGAUCAAGUCAUGGCUAAAUCUUUUAUUUUGGUCAUCAUUCUUAGCUUUCCAGUAACUCAGAGCUACAUUAAAUAAACACUUUUGUGAAGAACCAGUCACAGUAGCAAAUUUUACAAGAGUCAUUAGGGGAGCUCAAGGUCUUGGUAAUUUGUGAAGAAGAAUUCUGGUUAGAAUGGUUAACUUUGUAUGUCUUAUCUUUUAAAGAUGAAAAUCAGAAUUGUCUUAUUCAGUACCAGUAUCUAUAUUCUAGCUUUCAACUCCAAGUAGGAGUUGAUAUUACUUCCAAUUUACUCCAGGCAUGACUAGGUAUGAUACUAUUUUUAUAUAAUUAAUCUGCAGUUAAAAAUGACUUGCAUUUGUUCAUAUACAGAUAUUUGAAUAGUGUAUGUUCUAAAUCAGACCCCACAAAUCUUGAAUUAGGGUAGGCAGAAAGAGUGGAGCCACUCUCUUACCCAUGAAAAUGAAUCACAGAGAGGCCAGUGACAAAAUCAAAAGCAAGUGGCUGGAAUUAACAUCGGAAGGUCAUUUUUCAGUCACAUCACCUUAACAGUGACCGUGUUUCAAACAAUAAAAAAUUUGUUGUGGUUUAUUUUACCCAUGAACUGCUCAAUCUGCCCAAUGUAGAAAAAAAGAAUCCCCACUCCUCACUCUCAGUUUUCCAGGGGUGAACUACUAGAUUUGUUAACAACCUCCAGUGCAAAACACCAAGUGGAGAACGCGAGGAUGACCUCAUUUCAAGUUCUGACUCUACUGUGAUUUUAAACAAGUCACGUCACCUUGGUAGGCUUGAUUCCUUAUUUGUAAGAGGAUGGGAGAAUUAAAUAAUUUCUAAGAUUUCUUUUAAUUUUAAUAUUUUCUGAUCCUCAUGGUAGACUAAAUACAGGCAUAUACUUAGAAUAGACACACUCAAUACUUUGUGCCACAGUCGAUGUUUAUGGGGAAAAAGCCUGAUUGUCGUUUCACUGCCUAAUUAUUUUAAGUUCAUGACUGACUCAUGCUAAGGUUCCCUUACCUUAAAAAAAGAAAAGCAAAACAACCAAAAAAAAAAAAAAUCCCUCUCCAUUUAGGUUAGAUAGAUAUUUUCUUCCCUGUGGAAGAUUUUAUUCUUUAAAGAAUUUGAUUAUUUCUCUUUUCUGAAUAUUUAUUCAUCCUUACUGAAUGGGCUUCUGCUCCAUAUUAGGUACUAUGCCGAUUUUUAGAUAUGCACAGAGAAAUGAAACUGGUUCUUUUCUUUUUAUGUGGUCCCAGUCUGGUAGUGAUAAUAGAUGUGUAGACAAGUAACUACAGAAUGUAUUAAAUGCUUCAGUGGUAUAGAGUAGGGCUAAGACUAGGGUGAUAAGAAUGAGCCCUUACCCAGAGCACAAAAAACAGAGAGGGUCAUCAAAAACCUUAAUAAUCAUAAUAAAUAAUAUUUUGGAAGACUAUUUUUAAAAAUCAAAUCCAUGCAAAAAUCUAUGAUUAACAAAAUACCCAAGUUUUAAGUAAAUCUGGGAUCAUUAUUAAUUUUUUUCUUUUGCAUCAGGCUUUAAAAAUAUCGCAGCCUGGCACUGAUAUUGAGGGUGGAAAAGGCACAUAAUUUUAUAACUGUAUAUAGGGAGGAAAAAAGAGUGAUGGCAGGGAAGGCUUCACAGAGAUGAUUUUGAACUGAAUUAUGUGGAAUAAUUUGGAGCUCCAGUUCCUCUACCUACUUCCACAAACAAGAACACAUUUUUACCACCACCUGAAGCAUGUAGAACUCUUACUACAAAUCAUUCUCAGGAGGGAAGGUGAAUCUGGGGAAGUGAAAGACGUUGAUGUUGGAAAGACCUGCUGGAGCUGGAUUAGAGAGUUUCGUGUAAAUUACUAAAGAAAUUGGAUUUGAUCCUGGACUAAUGGCAAUUUAUUGAAAAUCUUUCAGGAUAAUAGGAUGAAACGAAUGUGCUAUGUUUCUGUUUUAGAGAACUCACUUGAUUGCUGUAUUUGCUACGCUACAGAGGGCCACGAAUCUGGAGAUAAUAUAAGUAUUGAGAGGUCUCAUUUUUCUUUUCCCUUAAUCUUUGCAUUUCAUUUCCUUUUUAAAAUCCCAAUGAUUUCAUUGUCAUUUGUGAAAAUGAUACAUAACUGUUAAAAAUGAAGAUAGGCAUUGCAGAAAUUUAAAAACAAGCUCAAAAUCCCACCCCCUAAAAGUGUUAAUAUUUCUUGAAUAUCAUGCCAGUUACUUCUGUGUAGAUAUGUUUGUAUAGAAGUGUAAAGUGAGUGAGUGAUUAAGAGACAGUUUUAUAAAUUUAGGAGCCAAAUAUUUCAUAUAUGAAUGUUGUUAAACAAUGAAAAAAACCCCCAUCGAAUCUACCUUUAUCUAUAUUUCAGAUUAAAAAUACUAGAGCGAAACUGGGGAGAGUGUUGAAAUUUAGAUAGUGCUGAAUAAAGCAAGAAAUUCUGGGGACUCUUUUUAUUCCACAUUUCAGUCUUUAUUUCAGGAAAGCUUUUUUACUAUCGUGUGUCUAAAUAAUUUUUCUUUCUAAUUGCUAAUUAUGUCCAAUCUCUUUUGCCUCUGUAACUAUAAUAUAUUUAUGAUCACUUUUGUAUUUAUAAAUUCAUUGUCAACUUUUGUCAACCAUAACCCCAGUGAGUUUUCAGUUGUGUUUAUUCUAGUUUGUAACCUCUAAUGUAAUUUUUAACCUCAUACUGGUUUUAUUCUUUUCCACUGCUUUCUUGGUCUGUGCCAUUUCGUUUUUUAAUUUCUUUCUACCAUUUUUAUAAUCUCUUAAAACGUUAUCUUUUCUUUGAACUUCUCACUCCCCUAUUAACGAAAGCAUGUCUGUAAUUUGACUACAAAUAACUCCAUAUAAAAUUUUCCUGUUUCCUGAAAAAAAAUUUUAUUUUUCCUCUGGUAUGAACUUCCCCUGCUUUUUCAUUGUGUUUUUGCUUCCCCUGCCUGUGUUUCAGGCUGAUUUCUUUCUAUUAAGCACUGAAUGAAGCCAGCUAUUUACUGAACUCUAUGUGGGAAGUGGCAGGAGAAUGAAUCAUAGCAGCCCACAGCAGCUAUUUAAAUUUCAGAUUCCAAGCCCACCUCCCCAGAUCUGUUUUAACUUCUGCCCAGGGACCAUACUUUCCUCUGUUUUUGACAUUUGGUGCUCCACGUGGCUCACAGUGUAAAACUCUCCCAGUUUUACUUUCUCUGUGUUGUUAACACUCUCCUGAUUGUCUUCCCUUCCCUUCUGUCUCUCACGUUAACGCAGUCUGUUUUACCCAGCAUGCUGCUUCACAACUAUCAAAUACAGUCUAUCGGCAACUUUUUCCUUAUCCCCAUAUCCCCCCAUUUGGGGAGCUGUAACUGGACUUGUAUGAAGACAGAUUUUGUUUUUCUCUUGCCUCUCCGUUUUCCAUCUCAUGAUGGCUUCAAACAGUCUGUGAAGAAUGUCUCAGGACCAUGACAUUGAGUGAAAUCCACUAUCCAUGAUGCGUGCCAGGGAACGUCCUUUCUCCUGGUAGUGCAAAAUGUAUCUCUGUUUGAAAGCUAUUUAUCACAGUUCAUUGUCAAUUACUUAUAAUUACAGAUGUGAUUUCAUUUUGUUCUUUUUUUCCCCCGAUUUUUCAUUAUUUAUGUUAUUUUGGGAAGGAUUUCAUAGGAGAACAGUGAAUUGCUUUUAUUUCACCAUCUUCAACUGAAUCACCAUUUAUCAUCUGUAUUUCUGUUAGGCCAGGGGUUGACCAGAGUAUCUUUUAAUGAUCUCUUUUACUGCCAACCAGAGCUCUGUGGGUUUUUUUUUUUUCCCUUUUGUGUAUCUUACUUGACUGGAAUCAAGUAAGAAACCUGGAUUAAAUCUGUGAUAACACAGUUGAUGCAUAUACUUCCCUUUAAGGGAAAGAAAGGAAAUUACAGUAGUAGUAGUAGGAAAUAAAUAUUAUUGCAGUUAAUCUUUGACAUAUUUUUUCCCUCCCGUACUUGUAAAUGGUACGCUGCGUUCAGUCCUUGCAGAUGCUUGCUGAUAUACUGGAGCAUGUUUGUUGUCAUUUUACUGAUUAUGUAGACCGUUUCCUAGUUCAGACAGAACAAUAAAUUGGAACUUUCAUUUUUCUAGAUAUGUAUAAUUAUUGUGGGUUGAUGAAGGGCUUUAUAAUUUUAAGGAAGUUUUACUGGAAAAUGAAUCAAAAUCCAGUUUUGGGGUAAAGCCAUCCUUUAUGCUGUAAGACAAUGAAUGGCCACAGCAAUAGGAGGUCAAAUUUUCCACGGGUGUAUCUUUUAAUGAUGAAAACUCCUCAACAAUUUUAUGCUAAAAACAUUGAGAAUUGAAGAAGGAAUAGAGUAUUAUUUGGUUUUUCAACUGUAGUGUUGCACAGACUGAGGAAUAAAAAUCUAUCUGCCUGUCCUUUGAAUAAUUUUAAAUUGUUAAAUUGCACAAUUAAAAAUAUUUCUCACUAUGGGAGUAACGAAAGAUAAUGCAUAUUUCAUCAUAUCAUGAAAACUAAAUUUGUUAUCCUUUGAGCUUUAUUAUUCUUGCUGAAUCAGAAUAGCAAAUAAUUCGAAACAUAUUUUAUUUUAGACAUGUUUAUUUUUAAUAUCUAAAAUUUGGAUGAGAUACAGGUGUUUUGAUUUCAUGGGAAGACAGUUCUCUUACAAAGUACACACUUCCUGAGCUUAUAGAAGUCACAUUUGACCCCCUGAAAUUGAUGGUUUUAUGUAAGAUCAUCACCACAAUAUAUUAUAGUAAAGACCAUGUAGUCAUUAUGAUUUUAUUUUUGCAAAGUUUUCAUCACUUUUAUUUUUCCAUCAUAAGUAUACUCUUUAAUCUCCAUGUUUUUUGCAAUUUGUUUUAAAAACAUGGAAACAUUGGUUUAUAUUUUAAGAUAAUUCAUCAGGAAAUGGUUUUUUAAUGUCCUUUAAGCAAACUUCUCUUGCUUCUCAAAGCUAAACUUAGUAUUCAUGGAAAUAAAUUUCCUUGGCUUAAAACAGAAUUUAUAUCUGAGCAUAAUAUUCUGGAAUAAUUCAGGUUUCAUUUUCUUUUUACUAGUGGAUGAGUAUUUAAAAUAAUAAGGAUUUAAAUUUCUAUCAAAUUUGAUCACAGGUACUUAUAUUUUAAGAUAUAUGUGUUGGAGCUAAGCUCUGGGAUUAUUAAAACAUAAACAUUGUAUCUAAUGCUUUUUUCUAUUUAAAUUCAAAACAAUAAACAUAACUAUCUUUGGGAUUUUUUUUGUUUCAUAACUUUUUUCUGUUUAUAAAUAUACUUCCUUUAAGUUGGCCACAGGACUGUUUUCGAUAUGGUAUUUUACUUAUUUUUAAAAAUAUUUAUUUGAGGGGGAGAAGAGGGAAAGGGAGAGAAUUUCAAGCAGACUCCCCACUGAGCGUGAAGUCAGACAUGGCGGGGCUCAAUCUCUCACUGCCCUGAGAUCAUGACCUGAGCCGAAACCAAGAGUUAGAGGCUUAGCCAACUAAGCCACCAGGUGCCCCAGAUAUUUCACUUUUGAAACCUUGCCUCAUUCAUGAGUAUUCCUAGUUUUCAUUUACCUCUAGUUCCCUGCAUGACCCAUACCAUCAGGUUGUAGUUUUGCCAAGUUUUCAUGGUCUGGAAAAUUCUUUGUGGGUAAUAUGGAUGAAGAAAAGUCUUACUUAGGACCUGUUAUAUUUGAAGUGGUGCAAUGAGAACCUUACGUAUGUGAUUUUGACGGAUUAAAGAGGUAUCAAAUGUACAUACAUGUCUUUUUUUAUUCUGAUGCAUCAAAAUGAAUAAAGUAGAGCAAUCUAUGACUUAAUUCUAACUUACGAGACCAAAGUAAAUGAGAAGCUGAAUGAGGUUAACUUACAAAAAUUUGUGCGCUUAUGCUUUUUAAUACCUAAUUCAGAAUAGGAGCUGUAUUUAUUUUGAUGAGAUGAAGUGCGUUGAACACUCUGAUGUCUUUAAUUCAAGUUUUGUUUUUGUCUUUAUAUUUUACAAUGUAUCAUGAAACAUUCUGAAUGUAACCCUCCUUGUUCUGAACAACUGUUUUCUGAAGAAAAAUUCAGGCUUUUGAUUUGUAGCUUUUAAAAAAGAGAAUGUACCUGACAGAAAAAAAAUGGAUCACAGAUUUUCCACAGCACACACACAUAGACACACGUUCCUGUAUAAAUACGUACUAAUAAAAUACAUAGUACAUGUAGUA